AUGCCCGUCUCUUCUUACCACUGCCAUAAUCUCCAGUCAGCCACGUCAGAACCGGACUCGGUCGACGCGCUUCUGACCGACGAAGUACAUAACAUGUUCAUGAUCGGCCCCUUCUCCAGCCCACCUUUCCCUUUAGUUAGGAUCAAUCCAAUAGGUAUAGCUACGAGAAAAGAUUCCGGUAAAAAGAGACUCGUCAUCGACUUCUCUUCCCCUCACGGCUCCACCGUCCCGAGCAUUAAUAGCCUCAUCCCCAGCCCGGACUUUUCCAUGUGGUACGCCACAAUCGACCACGCAAUUUCGCUGAUCCGGCUCGCAGGUCAAGGUGCGUGGCUGUCCAAAGCAGACAUUACUAGCGCAUUCAAAGUCCUCCCCACCCACCCCAACUACUGGCAUCUAUUUGGCGUUUCCUGGAAGGGUGCUUAUUAUUUCGCAGUCCGCCUGACUUUCGGGUGUAAAAGCAGCCCAAAAAUUUUCGACUCCUUGUCCGAGGCUCUGUGCUGGAUCCUGAUUAAUAAUUGUAAACUCCCGUACGUCGUUCAUCUACUUGACGACUUCCUCACCGUCACACCUCCGUUCUCUCCGCCCGCCCACGGCCUCACUACCCUGACUGCAGCAUUCUGCGACCUCGGGGUCCCUCUCUCUCCAGAGAAAACGCAGGGUCCCGGCACUUCCCUCGAAUUCCUCGGCAUAACCUUAGAUACUGUUUUACUCCAAGCAUCCCUACCCACAGACAAACUCCACAGGAUUUGUCUCCUCAUCUCCAACUUCCUCCUGGCUCCCCAGUGCACGAAACAGCAGCUGCUUUCCCUGCUGGGCCACCUUAACUACGCCAUCAGUAUCAUUCCCCAAGGCCGGGCCUUCCUGUCGCAUCUCCUUUCCGUAUCCGCCACCAUCCCAUCCCUCCACGGCCAUAUCACCUUGGAUGACAGUUGUCGGAUGGAAUUACAACUGUGGCAUCAUUUCCUGUCAGCUUGGAACUGUGUUUCUUUCUUUUAUAAGGACUAUGUCUCCAGGCCCGGAGAUUUGGACAAAUGCGAACUAUUUCCACUAUAUCCUUGUAGAGAUGUUGAGAUAAUGUCAAUUCCUGUAAAAAGUGAGGUGAAUUGGCCGAUAUUUACUUAA